UUUUGAUCGUGGAAAUUGAAAACAGUGACAGCAAUUGCUAAUAUAUAAAGAUCCAAUUUAGGCAGAAAAUACCUCCAACGCAGUGCUAUUGUGAAAUAUCUAUCCUUCUUCCCGAGCAUUGCAACAAUACAUAAGGGAAGGAAUGGACUGCAAGGGCUGGAAGUAUAGUAUCGCCUGACGGCAGAUGCUAGGUUAGUUGGUCCUCAGACCGAGCGAUGAGAGGAUGCGUUUUAUGGGCGUUCACCCUUUGUCAUUUAUUGACGUUCUCAUAGCGGAGCCAUAACAAAUGCAGAUAUCUGCAAUAUCACGUGCGUAAAAUUCUCAAGAAGCUGAUAAAUAAAUGGCCAUGGCAAUGCCGCAAUAUUAUAUUGCUGUCAGGGACACUGGUCAAAAACAGGUACUCUACCACUACAAAGGACAAAUGAGUAACAUAGAUGAACAAGACAGAACAGAGACAGGGGGUGGAGGAGAAGAUGGAGCAACCCCUGUACGUCCUAGUGAUACUGUUGUAACUUCAUGGCCCAUAAGUCCAGUUAGCAAUUCCAAUAGUACUACAACACUCAAUGAAAAUACAAGUUUAACAGCAAAUGAAGAAGAGUUUGAUACAUACUUUGCUGAUGAAAAAAUAGAGAUCCCAAAAUCAGAAAAUAAAAUAUUCAGUUUCCGUAAAUUCUGGGCAUUCACGGGGCCUGGAUUUCUGAUGAGCAUUGCUUACCUAGAUCCUGGAAACAUUGAGUCAGAUCUUCAGUCGGGUGCAGCAGCAAAUUACCAGCUCUUAUGGGUCUUGAUGUGGGCAACUAUAUUAGGACUUGUUAUGCAACGUCUUUCAGCUCGCCUUGGUGUUGUUACCGGUCUGCAUUUAGCUGAAGUAUGCUAUCGACAGUACCCAAAGAUUCCACGUGUAUUGGUAUGGAUAAUGGUUGAAAUAGCUAUAAUUGGGUCAGACAUGCAAGAAGUAAUUGGAACAGCCAUUGCUCUAUACCUUCUGUCAAAUAAAGCAAUUCCGCUUUGGGGUGGUGUGUUGAUCACUGUUGUUGAUACAUUCACAUUUCUCCUCCUCGAUCGCUAUGGUCUGCGGAAGUUGGAAGCAUUUUUUGGCUUCCUUAUUUCAGUGAUGGCUGUAACAUUUGGGUAUGAAUAUGGUGUUGCAAAACCUGAUCAAGUGAAGGUAAUAGAAGGCCUAAUUAUUCCUAGAUGUCAAGGCUGCAACAGUGCUGCUCUUCUCCAGGCUGUUGGAAUUGUUGGAGCAGUUAUAAUGCCUCACAAUCUUUAUUUGCAUUCUGCUCUGGUGAAGUCACGGGAUGUAGAUCGCAGGAAGAAAGAAGAAGUUAGUGAAGCAAACAAGUAUUUUUUCAUUGAGGCAGUUGUUGCACUCUUUGUAUCAUUCCUCAUCAAUGUAUUCGUUGUGUCAGUCUUUGCAUCAGGGCUCUAUGGUAAAACCAAUCAGCAGGUGCAUGAUGCUUGUGUUGCAGUAAACAACACUCAUAGUGAUAUUUUCCCGGAAAAUGAUGAUCUUGUUGAUGCUGAUCUAUAUAAAGCAGGUGUUUUCUUGGGUUGCACAUUUGGUGUCGCAUGUAUGUAUAUAUGGGCUAUAGGAAUACUUGCAGCUGGCCAGAGUUCUACCAUGACUGGGACCUAUGUUGGUCAGUUUGCCAUGGAGGGCUUCCUUAAUCUCCGAUGGAAACGCUGGCAGCGAGUUCUGUUGACUCGUACAGUUGCUAUUCUUCCUACUUUCUUCAUAGCAUUCUAUGAGGAUAUAAAUGACCUUACUGGCAUGAAUGACAUGUUGAAUGCCAUUAUGUCACUUCAGUUACCAUUUGCUCUAAUUCCAACGAUAACCUUUACGUCAUCAGAACGUAUAAUGGGAGAUUUCAAGAAUGGAGUAUUUACCAAGAUCCUAUCAUCACUGCUUUCACUUGUGGUGAUAAUCAUUAACUUGUGGUUUGUCAUCAGUUUUCUUGAUUCAACACUCAGCGGUGCAUGGUGGCAGUAUGUAUUGGUGGUCAUAGUGGGAUUAUUUUACAUAUCCCUAGUGAUGUACUUGGUUCUGUUCCUUCUAGUGGCCUUUGGGUUCAACCUGUGCUGUACAAUACCUCUGUCGGGUCUCACAGGCAUGGAUGAAAAUGGCCCCUCCUUGCAACCUAACUUUGAAGGUUCCUAUCCGAGCAUUUAAAUGUAGAAUCUUAUACGUUGGAUACAACAGAAGGUACCACCAUGUAGAGGGAUUAGGAGGAUGGGUUUCCAAUUAUAUGAAGCUUGACCUAAUAUGGUAAGAAACUAGAUUUUAGAGGAAUGUAAUUUCUUAAUUUUAGAAAUGAAACACAACAAGAAUAGAGGAAAAAUCUUAAGUCUUUGUCACCAUUUUUUUUUUUUACUCAAACAUUAUGAAGAUAGAUUUUGUAUACUGGGACCAAAUUAACAAAGAAAAGGGAAUUUUUAACAAUAUACGUAUAUGUGAUCAUCAUAAAUAAGAUAGGAGAAAAGAUUGUAUGUUACCAUGAACUGUAGCUGCAACAAUACUGAUACCAGUAGUAUGCAAGAUACAAUGAGCAACAUCUUUGCCUACAUUUCAUAUAAAUUGUUCAUAAUUUAUAUAGGUGUCAAUACUGAUUUUAUAAGAAUUACAGUUGUAAAACAGGAAUAUAUCCAUCACUACUGGUCAAAUGUGCCUUGGUACUUAUAGGUGAAUGCUUUGCCUUAAAUAAUAAAGUAAGGAAUUAUACUAAAUUCUCCAUCAUACUUAAAUCAUAAUUACUGGUACGAGUUUCUGGUUUGUGAUACUGUACUUGUCAAUUUUAGAGUGGUACUGAUUGGUAUGUUUCUGCCUUGCAACUGUCAAAGAGCAUAUAAAAUAGCAUUUGGUAUCCCAUUGCAGAAUAAAAUGGAAAAAUUAAAAUUUUCAGGCAAGAAUCAAACCAUAAAAACAGAAAUACUGUAUUUCAUCUUUUGCCCUAAAAAUGAAUCAAAAGACUCUUGAAGUUAUACUUUGUUUUUAACGAUAAGUUGUGAAACCAAAAUAAUAUUUUUUGUAAUGGUGAAUCUUAAUUUUUAUAUCAAAAUAAUAAAAGCAAAUAUGAAAAAAAGUUUUGUCGUACACUGAAAUAUAUAAUUGUUCAAUAUUUUUGCAACAAUAUUUUAUCACAGGCAGUUUUUCUGUCGGCAAUUGUGAAAAUUUCAAAAAUGAAAAAUCCAGACUACUAAUACUGAAUUGUAUUGAAAUUCAGUCCAAGCAUCUUUUAUUUCUUGUGUGUUAAAAUUGGCCACAUGUUUGGUAGACUUGGUUUUAAGGUUUAAGCUGAGAAUGUUACUUCAUUUGGUAACAUUUCUAAAAGACACUACCACUUCUAUAAUUAAGUAUUCUUUGUAUUAAAAGAUCAUGACAACUGUUGUAGCAUAUGUAUUCAAGUAUGUACUAUAUUAUUUUUAUAGUUCUUUGAUUUUGUCAAAAUGUUUACUACUUUUUCAAUUAGAAUUUAUAUAGUAUAUAUAAUAUAUUUCAAGAGCUUCUGCAGACUGGGGGUUGUAAGUUUCAUUAGACCAAAACUUUGCAUAAAACCUAAGAUGUGCAUAUUUCAUAUUUACUCUAUGAAAGUAAGGAAAGUUAAAUGAACCAUCUGAAAGUAAAGAAAGAUAAAUAAAUAGCUAGAUAUUUAAGAGUACAGUAACUAUUAAAUAGGAUGCAGCUUGGCAUCUGAAGAUAUGACAUGACCAUGCCAACCUUACCAUACACCUAACCUAAAAAUUGAAAGAAUGUUUACUUAGACAGGGGUCUUCACCUGGACUUGUUUACACAACACAAUGAAAUUUUUGCAUGUAGGCUUAAAGUGUACAUUAAAUCAGGUUUCUUACUAUAUCUUAUUCAAAGUUACUGAAAUCAGUUAAGUCUGGAGGUUUCAUUUGGUUAUGUUUGCUUGUGGUAGGAUGGUAGGCAAGCAUUUUUAUAUUGGUGCAGAAUUUCUUUAUCAAUAGGCAUGAUUCCACGAAUGACCAACAGAAUGUAAGGAUUUACCCUUCUCUAGACAUCUCUUCCUUAAAGAGCAUCUGGUAAUGCAGCCUCCAUAAAUAUUUUCCCCAGUAUACUCUUUCUUGGCUGCACUUUUCUUUUUCCUUUUUUUCCCCCCCAACACAUAUUGCUGCGACUCUGUAGAAAUAGUAGUAGGUACAUUAGGGUUUUCCUAACCAACAACAUGUAGAUUAUUUGUAGAAUUAGUACUAGGUAGAACAGGGUUGUCCUGACUGACAAAAUUAAAAACCAGUAUGGUGGCUCAAGUAAUAAUCCUGAACAUUGCCUUGAUUUUCUGAAAUUAAAUAGAUCAUUUUUCUAGAUGCACAAAACUCCUGCAACACUGAGUAAAGUUUUGGUCUUGUGAUCGGGAAACACUUUGAAUAUAAUGAAAAAAGUCUCGCAUGUAUCUUGAUCAGUGGUACAAAGAAUCCAGCACCCAUUAACAGCCAUGGCCUUCAUUAUUCUUGCAUUUUCAAAUGUACUAUCAAUUUCUGACUGACUUCUGUCUUGGUUUGCUCCUAUGUUGACCACCAUACUUAGCAAUAGAUAAAAAGAAUAUUGGUUCUACUAUAUGAUAUAAACAUGAGCCGUCAAAGAAUCAUCAUGGUUGGGAGAGAAUUUUUUUCAAAAAUAUUCUCACUUGUGUGAGAAAACUCCUUUUGUCCAUUAGUAUAUAUUUUUCCCCACUUUCAAAACAUGCACCUUACAAUAUUGCCACCAACUACAUUGCUUCAUUAAAUAUCUUAACUUAUUGUUUAGAGAAAGUGUGCCCAUAUCAAGACUUAAAAUAGACGCUAAAUUUAGAAAUUCUUCACUAGUUAAGGUGCAACAUGCUGUCACUGUGACUUUUAAAUGGAUAAUAGCACUAGAGUUUAAUGGAGCAAAUAUGGAAAAUGUAUAGGUUGAUAAUCAGAAAAUUGUAUAACUGGUGACCCCAGUUUAAUCAUGACUACGUUACUGGUUAAAUUUAAACAGCCUGUGAAUCAGGAUUACGUCCCUUAAACAUGCAUCCACACAACAUUGGAGUUGUGGAAGGAAGAAUCAGCAAGAGUUCAUGUGAAGGCAUGGAAAUGAGUUGGGAAUUUAAAAACUUUUCCAGUUAGGGCUCCUGUCAAAGCUGUAAAUCAUUUGUACUUUAUUUUCCAACAUUUUUAGGUUCUGUAUAAAGCUUUCAAUAUUUUCAGCCGUAUCUCAGAUAGCUUAUACCCCUGUCUGCAGACAGCCCAGUCUGUAAUUGCUAAUGCUAUGUCUGAAUUGUCCAUUUGUGUUUUAUGCCUUAGCAAAUCUGUUUGCACUGUGACAUCUUCUGGAAUCUUGUUGACUUUAGUGAAUCCAGUGUGUUUGGGAAUUAUAUAAGCAAAAUUUUAAAUGACAGUCUUAAAGAUUUAGUACAGUUAAUACAUUGAAUAAUCCUCUUCACUACAAAAUUUAUCCAGAUUGUUAACAUUGAAUUUUCUAUAGUGUAUACUGUACAAAUACAGAAUAUACCUGGCCUUUUUUAUGCAUGAAUAAAUUAGUUGCAAGGUUUACUUUAAAUGUAGUAAAUUAUAUGAUGUUUAAUGUAUGGCCCUUUCCUGUGAAUACGCAGUAUGUAUUUUGAAAACCUCUAUCAACCAUAAAUGGAUUUUCAAGAUCUUGUACUUUGAACUGUACAAUCAUAAAUUUGGGUCAGAUGCAUGCCUUUGCAGUCAUCUAGUACUGAAUUUUUUUGUAUUUUUUUAUACUGAUCAUGUUCAUCUUUUUCUACACCUCACAAUGCCAUAUCUACCUUUAUGGCCCCCACAGUUCUAUGUGAUAUCCAUUUUAAAUAGUUCUACUAAUUUAGAUUCAUUUUGCUGUAAAUCCUGAUGUUGGUUCUUCUGUCAUAAUCUGUAAUAUUAGCUCAAAGUUGUAGAGCACUUUAUAAAGAUGAUGUGCAUCACCAUCUCCUGCACGUCAUAUGUUUGUGUAUGGCUGUUAGAUAGGCUUUGUCUUCACCUAUCUUAUUUUCUUUCUUUGAGAUACUGUACAUAUACUGUUCUUAGAAUUAGGGAUAAUCUCAAAAUUAAGGCUGUGUGCUCUUUUAAAAGCAGAAAAGCUUCUGCCAGUAUAACUUGACAUUUAUUUUUGUAAUUAUAGUAAAUAUUAUGAACUUACUAAUUUAACAAAAGUGACAACUAAACAGUGUGUUUGCCCAAGUUUUACUGAAAAUUAAUUUAUUUUAUACUGCUUCAUCAGAGACAGCAAUAUUGGAAUUUGUAAUAUACAGUCCUAUACAGGAUAAUGUUGGUUAAAAACUUUUAAAGAUAUUUUGCAAAUGUCUUUAAGCAAAGAUGUACUACUGAUAAGCCUUUCAGUACCUUGAAUUGUUGACACUGAUGCCAUAGAACUACUCAAGCUUGUCUAACAAUACUACACAUUUUUAGAUUGUUGAUGGUGUAAUGAUGAAGCAGUGGUGCUAAUAUAAUUAAAAUAUUCUAGACAUAAGAAUUUUUUUCUUGUAAGUUCAGUUCCUCAGCCAAUGACCCAUAUACCUGGGUUACAUUUUGUUCAUAGCUAAAGAAUUCUUUACAUUUGAGCUUGACUUUUAUUUUUUUCCAAAACCUGUUGUAACAGGUUAUAAUUUUGUAUGUACAUAUUUUGCUUGUAUAGCUUGAGUUUUUUCUGAUAGGUUGCUAGUUCACAAUGGUAUAUAUUUGAUUUGCUAUGAAAAAUUAGAAGUUGAAACUUGUGGUAGUUUCUAUGUUACAGAUUCUUCUUAAAUGAAAUUUUCUGAGUAUUGUCUUCCUUAAGCAGGGAAGCCAUGUAAUAUUAUUUACGCAGUAGGAUGCUUAGUAGUCAAAAGAACCUCAAAGUCAUCAACUGCUACAUUUUGUUUCAAUGUUGGGUUAGUGUAGCUUAAACAGUAUAUUUAGUAUUUUUGUUGAUGUAUAUACAGGUAUAAUAUUUUAGGUUUUUAUAUAUUUAUUGGGUGUUAGAAGCACCAGUGAAUUUAUCUCAGAAUAUGAAUCUUUUGCAGCAGAUCCUACUAGAAUGUUCUCUGCAAGCACGAAUUUCAUGUAUAUGUGUUCUGAAUCUUAUGCAGCAGGCAUUGUUGUUUCUGCAUGGCAUUGUUGCAAUUUCAUAAUAAAGUUUUUAUUCA